AGUUUGAAGUACUCGCAGCUUCUAUUGUAAGACAGGGACCCCCGCGUCCCUAACUCACUUCAGUAGUCGUUUUGCAUUUGUAGCUACCGGAAGGGCAUCACCUCGUUAAGGACAGCGCGGGCCGGCCACGCCAUGGUCCCGCCAAGCACAAUAGCGAGUCGACGGCUGACACUGUCGUUGGUGUUUUGCAUUGCCAUCAGCUUCCUGUGCAAGGAGACGAUAGCAGGGCGUCUUGGCUUUCACAAGCCCGGCUACCUAGCAGCGUGCCUCCUGACCCGCGACGGCCACCGAGACGUCCGCGAAUGGAUUGAAUAUCACCUGUUUGCGGGGGUGGAGAAGAUCUUCGUGUAUGACCACAACAGCAGCGUGCCCAUGAUUGAGGAGAUAUCGGAUUACGUGGUCUCGGGCAAGGUGCAGUACACCUACCUCACCUCUGAAGUCCCGCGCAUCUCCAAAGGGGAGGAGUUUCCGGGAGGCUUCCAGGGGCGCAUUUUUGGGGAGUGCAUUGAGCAGGCUCGCGGCUACUACAAGUGGAUGAUGUUCACGGACCUGGACGAGGUCACGUACGUCAUGGACCCCAAGUACGGUAACAGCAUCCCCGCCGUGCUGCGUGACUACGAGCACGCAGGUGCGGUGCUGAUCCACCGCCGGGACGUGGGCAGCAGCGGCGUGCAGGAGCGCACGCCCGAGCAGGGCCUACUCGCCACCUUCAACAAGUGCACCGGCCGCAUCAGCGAGCACGUCAAGGGCAUCGCGCAGUUAGACUACGCGACUGUGUCUAUAAAUGCCCACUGCUUCGACUACAAGGAGGGCCACCUCGGCCUCCGACUAGGCGACAACCGCACCGUCACGCGCGCAGCGACGAUUUCCGAUCCUCCCGUGGAUGCCCCGCUGCUGAUUUACCACUACGCCGGCUCUGUGGCCGAGUACAUGGCACGUUCGUCCAAGCUGGCCGGCGGCGUGAGCGGCAUGACCAAGAAGGACGCCAACAUGUACCACACCCUGGACGCAUUCGCAGUGCACGACUGCCUGGCGGGCCAAGUGGCGCACACGGCCAUGACCGCGGCGGGUGCGUUCCGGCCGCUGCCCGAGCACCCCUGCGACGACCUGUCAGGCCUGCCCCCGCACGAGAUCGAGCGGCGGCGCCAGAUGCGCAAGGGCCGCCGCGCGCACCGGCACGACCGGAGCAGCAUGAGCCGCCGCCUGUCCAACCAGGGAGGCGCCACUGCACGCCGCAUGCUCCGGUGAGGGGCACGUGGUCAAGGGAGUCCCCGUGACAAGGGUUGAGCAGGCCCGUGUGGCGGCGCGUGGCUCGGCGGGGCCUCCGCGAAUUGCGGGUGCUUACACCGAGGAGCGAUAAGUGCGCCGCCGCCUAACAAAUGACUGGUUCGAGGGCAAGGACCACAAGGUCAAAUACUAGUGGUCAGCUUGCCACGCGAUCAAAUAACCAUCACAAAUGCAGUCGAGGGGGGUUGAAAGAUGCGUCGAAUAUGCAGGGGUUCUGAACUUAACACGGUAAGUAUUUUUCAGCGCUUGGGCGCAGAGCCAUGGGAUUUGGGGGUGUCAGCGAUACAGGGUUGCCCGCAAGCGCGAAUUGCGGCAUCUGGAAUCAGGCAACAGAGAAGUGGCCAUGUGUCCACCCGUGAACACAUUCAAUUGUUGGGACUGCGCCGCCUUAGGUAUUGAGGAUCAGCUCAGGUUCGUGGAGGGCCCUUUCACAAGCAACCCGUAUGUUGGGGCCCGCCCACCCGUGUCAGCUAGUUGCCGUUGUGCGCGAUGAAGGCACUGAUUGUAACACAGACCCUGGCCCGCUCCGGGCAUGGCUGUGGGUGCGCUAGCUGGCCGGCAGGUAAAUGAUUUGCGAAGGCGUGGCAUUAAGGGCCUGCCCGCCAAAUGUGACAGUUUGAUGCAAAGACAGAUGUCAGAAAUGCUUUAAGGUCCAGGCCACUUGCUCAAGAGAUGACGUUUUCAUUAUGCAAACACAACAAAAAAAGCGUGACUGUUUAGGGUGUGUCCUGUCCGCAUGUAGACCGCGGAUAAGUCGUCAGGUGUAGGACGUUGGCGUGCGAAACAGGUGUUGACAUCAGCUGGGGAAUCGCAUGCUUGCCAUUUUAUGCUGAUCGCUUAGGUGUGCGUGCUUCGUUUAUGAGGCUGGUGCAGAUAUACGCAAAUCUCUGGUAGCUUAAAGCGUACCCCAGGUUGUCGGGCGGUAGGGUAGUGAAACGUGAGCAUUUGAGUGCUUGUUUCUUUGGUGGGCUAACGCAGGCAGGUUCCCCCGCACUUACGCGAGUGCCUGAACUAUCAGACCACUCUCAUUACAUGCACUGCCUGGUUCUUCUUAGCAUGUUAGCAUAGUCUGCCCUGCGAGUGAACAAGUUUGGAGGUGCGUUGCAGGCGGAACGUGGCGAGCCCCUGCAGACAAAUUACCAUGCGAGUGCAUAAUGGGAUUGCUCCACAGCUUAUUGAUUUUGGCUGCAUGCAUCCAUUGUGCACAAUAUAGAUGCCGGGGCGGUGGCCGGAUGUACCUAAACGGCAAUUGUAGGGACCGGUAGAUGGGCCGCUGAGCUGCAUGAAGCGCCGGUGGCUGGUACAGGCGUCCGUCUUGUGUGGUGGUUGAUCAGAGGUGCUCGUGACACGUACGGCGGCGAGAGUGUUCACGCUGUGUCGCGCACCCUACGUCACUAGUUGCAAGUGCCGUGGUGAGCAUGUGAUCCAGGCAGGCGCAAGGCGGGCGUCUUGGCCUCUUUCGAGAUGGCAUGCAUGUGAGAUGCGUGAGCGGCAUGCCCCGGCUGAAUGUUUCGAUGCUUGGUGUGCCUUCCUGUCGCUUGUCGAAGCAGCACAGCAUGCUGGUUAUGUCGCUUACUCACAUCUGUGCACGCACGGUAUGUAUGGACAAGGUGAGGAUAGCGAGAGUGAUUUUAGGGUUCGCUGCCUCACCCACCUGACAAGCUGCGCCACGUAACCAGGGUUGUCGAGGCCCGCUCCACUUCACUAAAAAGGAUUCUUUUACAG